AGCCCCCGUGCCCGGCCCCGCGCCGUCUGCGCCCGGGCUCCUCUGCCUGCGGAGCGUUCACUUUUGUGCCCCGGCCUGGGGCCCCUGUCGGCGGAACGCGCCCUUUACGCCCGGAGUCCCCUGUCCGCUGAGCGCGCUCUUUGCGCCCGGAGUCCCUUGUCCGCGGAGCGCACCGUUUGCGCCCCGAGUUUCCAGACCGCGGAGCGCCUCCUUUGCGGGCGGGUCCCGUCUGUCCAGUCUCCCCGGGCAGUCACCCGGCCAAACCCCGUGUCGUGCCCACAGAGCACCCCCUUUCCGCCCGCGGGUUCCCAGGCCCGGCCCGUGUCCUCGCCCGCUGUCACUUCUCGGUCUCUGGUCUGUGUUUUGCACUCCUCUGCGUCGGCUACCCAAGCUCCUCUGGCUGCCCACUAACAUCUGGGCAUGCGAGGGGAAGACUUGCCCUCUGAGACGUGUACCCGAGUUCCCGCGUUAGUGACAGCCCGGUGGUCCCCCCCGCGCCGGUAGAGAGUCACCUGCCAACCCGGAGGGGGCUUUCUGAAGAGAAACUGAGACGCGGAACGACUUUGAUGCCAUACAGAUUCAUACUUGUUACUGAUGCUAUUCAUAAUUAUCUUCCUUAAAUUUGGUUUACUUUAUGAACCUCUUGGAGUAUCACGCUUCCUUCCAUGGGACUAAAUGAAGAGCAGAAAGAAUUUCAGAAAGUGGCCUUUGACUUUGCUGCCCGGGAGAUGGCUCCAAACAUGGCCGAGUGGGACCAGAAGGAGCUAUUCCCAGUGGACGUGAUGCGGAAGGCAGCCCAGCUCGGCUUUGGGGGGGUCUACCUACGAACAGACGUGGGUGGGUCUGGACUGUCACGGCUUGAUACUUCCGUCAUCUUCGAGGCCUUGGCUACAGGCUGCACCAGCACCACAGCCUAUAUUAGCAUCCACAACAUGUGUGCCUGGAUGAUUGACACCUUUGGAAAUGAGGAGCAGAGGCACAGGUUUUGCCCACCGCUCUGCUCCAUGGAGAAGUUUGCUUCUUACUGCCUCACGGAACCAGGAAGUGGGAGUGAUGCUGCAUCCCUUUUGACCUCGGCCAGACGACAGGGAGAUCACUACAUCCUUAACGGCUGCAAGGCCUUCAUCAGCGGUGCUGGCGAAUCGGACAUCUACGUGGUCAUGUGCCGAACCGGGGGACCAGGCCCCAAAGGCAUCUCUUGCGUGGUUGUUGAGAAGGGGACCCCUGGCCUCAGCUUUGGCAAGAAGGAGAAAAAGGUGGGGUGGAACUCCCAGCCAACUCGAGCGGUGUUCUUUGAAGACUGUGCUGUCCCAGUGGCCAACAGGAUUGGAAAUGAGGGGCAGGGCUUCCUGAUCGCCAUGAAUGGACUCAACGGAGGGCGGAUCAAUAUCGCCUCCUGCUCUCUGGGGGCUGCCCAUGCUUCAGUCAUCCUCACCCGAGACCACCUCAAUGUGCGGAAGCAGUUUGGGGAGCCACUGGCCAGCAACCAGUACCUCCAGUUCAAACUGGCUGACAUGGCGACGAGGCUGGUGGCAUCGCGACUGAUGAUCCGCAGUGCAGCGGUGGCCCUGCAGGAGCAGCGGGAGGAUGCGGUGGCACUGUGCUCCAUGGCCAAGCUCUUUGCCACAGACGAAUGCUUUGCUAUCUGCAACCAGGCUUUACAGAUGCACGGGGGCUAUGGCUACCUGAAGGAUUAUGCUGUCCAGCAGUACGUGCGGGACUCCAGGGUGCACCAGAUCCUGGAAGGUAGCAAUGAAGUGAUGAGACGGCUUAUCUCUCGAAGCCUGCUCCAGGAGUAGCACCCAGGGCCCAUGGACCGGCCUGGUGCUAAAUUGCAACCCGAGUCAGUGUUGAAUGGCCCAUGUGGACUCUUCUGUGAUGGUUGGGUCCUGGAGGGAAGCUGAGUUCCUCCCAGGGGCCCUGAUCUGUAGGCAGCAGCUUCAGCUCCCGGACACUCCCGGACAGGAGCACAGUCCUCAGCUACCAGCAGAGGGAGCAGCCCCGAUCAGGAAUCUCACAGUCUGAGACCUGUGGCCUCGUCCUCCUGAUGACUCCAGUAAGGGAAUGGCGCAGCUCACCAUCGGGCCAAAGCCACGCCUCGGACGCGCAUUGUCUUCAUUGGUCUGUAGGUCACUGGUUCACCAGAUCCCUCCUCUUCUAGGGACAGGGGUGCCCCCACUGAGGGCUUUUGCCGAUUAAAAGCAAAGGUGUGGGAAGUGGGAAAUGGAGAGAAGAUGUCCUCCUCUCCUUUUUUGGUUUCCUUUGUAGCACUCCUCUGAAGGGGAGUCAAGAUAAAAUGAGUCUUCGGGACAUUCUAACCUGUGAUUGAAGGUUUGUCUCCACUUCUGGAGAACCGGAGUAUUGGGCUGAGAUGGCGGUUGCUUUUUUUUUUUGUCUCUUUUAGAAGUACGUAGUGUCAGAAUGAUAUUCAGGGUUUCUAUAGCUUCCUGAUAAGUUAUUUGAGCAUAUUUUUUCCUGAGUUUUCUCUUUUUUGAAGUUAUUCCUUUUUUUAAAUACUUGUAGCCAUAACAUUGAUAAAUAAAACCUACUCCUCUCUGUACUCUCUCUGGUUCUACUUAAGUUGGUUUUUAUUUUAGCCUUUUAAGUAAGCCUUUACAACCAUAUUUUUUAUUGUUAUGUUUGAUUAAAUGCUUGACUGGAUUUUGAAAUAAUAUUAAAAACCUUUCCUUGACCAAUUUGCCGUCUAAAAAAUAGGCCCCCUAAAUUUGUAGUAGCUUUGCAGACUUAUUGUUUAUGAUUUAUGAAAGUAGAUUUAAAGUAAUAUCCAAAGAUGGGGACUUUCUGGAGAACCCUAUUAUAAAUGAUCAUGAUAUUACAUGGUCCCCUCUUUUGUGUAGAAAAAAUAUGCAAAACUUUCUGUUAACAAGUCAGUGUUUCAUGAGACCAAAUUGUGCUUCUUUAGCUACAACAGAGAUAUAUUUUUUGGAAUGUAUGCUCUAGGUAGGAACCGUAUUGGUCACUGCAGGGGGAUAAGGCACGGGUAUUCUGUAAAGUCUAAAAUAUGUUUGUGCCAUCAAAGAGCUUCUUGUAAUAGGGGAUUAAGACAUAGCUUCACAGUUUGGAGGUUCCUCAGAAAGCUAAGUAUAGAAUUGCCACAUGACUUGGCAAUUCCCCUACCUGGUAUAUGCCCCAAAAAACUGAAAGCAGGUACUUGCACACCAAUGUUCAUAGGGGCAUUAUUCACGGUUGUCAAAAGAUGGAGGCAACCCAAGUGUCCAUUAACCACUGAAUGGAUAAAUAAAAUGUGGUAUGCACAUACAAAGGAGUGAAGUCCUGAUACAUGUGACAACAUGGACAAAUCUUGAAGCGAUCAUGUUGAGUGAAAGGAAAAAUUUUGUAUGGUCUCCUGAUUUGAAACAAUUAGAAUAAGCAAACUCACAGAGUCAGAAUCUCAAAUAAAGGUUACCAAGGGAUGGGUGGGGAUAGCGAAUGGGACAUUGGGGCUUCAAAUGUGCAGGGUUCCUGUUUGGAACAAGAAAUGAUUUGGUAAUGGAUGGUGGUGAUGUUAGCACAAAAUUGUGAACAUAAUUAACAGCACUGAAAUAUAUAUAUCUGAAUGUGAUUAAAGGGGGAACUUUAGAUUUUAGAUUGUAUAUAUAAUAAAAAAUUUAAAAAAAAUCCAUGGAACUACACUACACAAACAACCCUAAGUUAAACCAUGGGCUAUAAUUAAUAGUGCAACUAAAAAAUGUGCUAUUGUCAACUGUAACAAAUGUUUCACACCAAUGCAAGGUGGUGGUGGGGUGGAAUAUGGGAAUCCUGUAUUUUAUGCAUGAUUGUUCUGUAAACCCACAACUUCCCUACCACUACUACUACUGCUAAAGACAUAACCAACAGUGCAAGGUUCCCACAUACCUGCAUAAGAGACCGAGAUAGUUGGCAGGAGGGCUGAGGUAGGAAGGGAUUCAUGGGGAAGGUAGGAAUUUAAGCAUCUAUCAAAAUGUGUAAUAUCUGUGCUGGUUUGAAUCUAUUAUGUACCCCAGAAAAGCCAUGUUCUUUUAAUCCAGUCUUGUGGGGGCAGAUCUAUUGUGGGUGGGAUCUUUUGAUUGGGUUGUUUCCAUGGAGCUGUGACCCCACCCAUUGAAGGUGGGUCUUAAUAAUUUGUUCAAUGGAGUCCUUAGGAGGAGCCGAGGGAGAAACUUAGAAACAGAAGCUGAGCGAGACAUUUUGGAGAAAGCCAUUUUGGAAUCAGAACCUGGGAGAAGGACCAGCAGAUGUCGCCAUGUACCUUCCCAUGUGACAGAGGAACCCCAGAUGCCAUCAGCCUUUCUUCAGUGAAGCUUGAGCAAACUGGAACAAUAUCCAAGAAGAAUCAAGAACUCCACUCAGGCAGAGGAAAGAGAAGAGUUAAGUGGGAGCUGUUUGUGCUUUUAUUUAAUUGUAAUUUGGAGUUGGCGUGGGAUCCAAAGAAAAUGGAAGUUGAGUCUGGAUGGAGCAUCAUGAAAGUCAAAGUGGGUUUAUUUGGUAAGGAGAGGAGAAGGUUUUUAUGAGGAAGAUGUGAGGAGACUAAUGCGUCCAUAAGAACAUUCUAGAAUGCACUUGUGGGAUGACUGGGUAGGGAGAAACAGAAGGCAAGGCAUACUCAACAGGUUCUUGAAUAGUCGAGGUAUGAGAGCAUUGAGCCUGUACUUAGAAGGUGAAAGUGGACUCGGGCACAUCAACAUGUGUGCUUAGAAUGUCCCCCCAGGAACGUGAAGACCUCAGUGAUCAGUCUGUUUCCGGCACUGCAGCUCUCAGGCUCCCAUUCUGACUGCAAGUAAAAAAAAUGGAGUGCGCAGACAGCCUGUGGUCUUCAAACGGGGGCAAUAUUGUCUUACUGUUUGUCUUCCUUGUCAGAUCUCGAUGAAGUGAUAGUUACUAAAAAUGCAUUUCUCACUGUCACCCCCAGUUGUUAUUCAGAGAAUUUAGUGUUUGGUUUAGUAGCCUGGCAAGGGAUUUGAUGCCUGAAGCAAAAACUGGCUUUGAGAGAGACAGGUGACAAAACACAGUUAACUUGGACAGACCUUAUGGGCUGGGAGGGCUGGUAAGUACAAAAGAGCAUUUCAGUGUAUUGUCACAAGAACGAAGGCGCGUGCUCUUGUGGGCACAAGAAAUCUUAGGGUUGUCAGGAUGACGUGGUGGGAAGUGGAUUUCCAAGUUGUCUUAAUUCUUCAUUACGUCCUAAAACUGUUUCCUGUUAUAGUGCUAUUACAAAUGAUUGAGGGGAUAAUUAUGCUUUAAUUACAUAUAUAUAUUUUAAAAACCAGAAUGUUUGGGCUACCUGUAAUUAGGUUAAAUUCAUUUGUUAACUUGGGAGGUUAUGGGGUCCAGUUGUUUGGUCAAGCAAGCACUGGCCUGAUUGUUACUCUGAGGAUAUUUUGUAAACUUAAAUCAUCAGUCAGUGGAUCACAGAUGUAACGAACUGAGGAGACGGCCUUCAACAGUGAGUGAAGUCUCAUCCAAUCAGUUGAAGGCUUUAAAGGGGGAACUGAUGAUUUCAACAGUCCAGAGAAUUUCCAUCUCUCCUUCAGCCAGCCAGCUUCUCCUGGGGAAUUCAUCAAAAACUUUCAUCAGAUUCCUAGUUUGCAGCCUGCUCUGUGGAACUUGGACUUGCCCAUCCCCAUAGUCACAUGUUUCUUUAGAGACUCUUUUAACACUACCCGUUAAAAUUUUCUAUUAUUUUUGAUAAAUUUGAAAUACCUUAUUUACUACUUUAUUACUUACCUGGUUAUACUUUUAAAACACUACAGUUUGUUCAAAGCAGUUUGCUGUAAAUUAUCUCACAUUUCCCGUUUGGCUUUUACAAACAGCCCUCACACAGAGUAGGCAUUGGAGAUCCUUGUCAGCCACGUUCAAUUGAUUUGGAUUGAGUUGAGCCACAACCCUGUUUAAACUAAUAACAACCAACUUGCUGUUGGGUGAAGAGAUCUGGCUGGCUUUGGAUUCGUUUUCUUCUAUCCAGAUCUGAUUGCCCGCUUUGUCACUAAUUGUGUUACUUUAAGCAAAACACCCUUUGCUUGUUUCCUCCUCUGUAAAUUGGAGAUAAUAGAAGUUCCGAUCUCAUAGGAUAAUUAGUGAAUCAAGAGAAAGAAUCCAGAGGGAGGGCCAGGAAGAGAGUACAUUAAACACUCUCAGUGAAUAUGUCAGCUUCAUUUUACAGAUGAACAAGGUGAAAUGAGUGUGACUAGCUCAAGCUUGAGGUUGUAAGGCACAGCUCUUCCAAGAUACUAAAAUAUCCAAGAUUGUGACUGUAAUAGUCAAUCUGUGCUGAAAACCAAACAUUUCUGGGUUUUGCCUCUCCAGGUAGAUGGUGGGAUUGCAUUUCCCUUUUGCAAGUUUCACCCAAACAUGCGACCAUAUGGACCCAUGGCUAAGGUUUCUCAUGGAGUCAUACAAGUCAGUGGCCCAGACCUUGAGCUUCAUUAGCUUUGCUGUAAACCUCCCUUUGUCCACACCCUCCGCUUUGUCUGAGCAUUUACAGAUACAGUCUUCUCUCCCAAAAUCUAUUUUCUCUUGGGCAUCCAGAAAGGCUGGUUGGUCCUGAGUUGUCAUUUGCAAGUGCAGUGUGAACAGGCCCUCUCCCUGGCCAGGGCAGCAGGAUGACAAAGAGAUUUUGGAACAGAACAGGUCACUGCUUCACCACUUCAAGAAUUCUGGGUUAGUACCCCAGUGGAAAGGAAGAAAAGAGGGGCUGGAGGAGACCAGAGGGUGGGAGGCCCAGACUUCAAGCCUUUCCAGCUGACCUGUGGCAGGUAACGGAUGAGAAGGGAAAAAAGGACAAACCAGGAUGGAUGAAAUGUUCUUUCAUUGCUUCGAAUGGCACAAAAGUCAUCAGGACAGCACUUUGUGGUGUAAAGACAGGGCUCCCCAGCUCCAGGUUGACGAGCUUUCCUGCCCCCACCAUCACUUGUAAGCUGGUGCAGUCUGAGCUGCUGCACAUCUGGGUCCUUCCACCCUUGGCCCCUGGCCUCUUGUCCCCCACACCGGUCUCAGGACUCACAGCCCAGCCCAUUUGGGUUGCUCACUUCCUGCCACCACCACGGGAAAGGGAUGGCACUGAGCCUCUCAGGCACAUUGGAACCCCAUGAAACAUCGUUCUCUCUUUACCCUGGAAUAGGAACAGGGGUGUCUAUCUUGGGGGAGCCAUCACUGCUUUGGAAAAGUGGGGGCCUGCGAUUUAUAUCUAGCUCUAUCCCUUCCCACCUAUACAGUUUCACCCAAGUUUUUAUAAAGAGCUCUAUAGGCAAUACUCCAAGACAGCCCACUGGUUAGCCACCCAACCCUCAGCCAGAUUGGGGCCCUGAGCCCCUAACCUUCUGCCCCUUCUCCUACAGACAAUCUACAAGUGCCACGAGUUUGCAUUUUGUCUGCAAACCAGUCUGUGGGCUGAAUAGAGUUCGUCAGAGUCUGAGAACAUCUCUGGUUCAUCCUUAGUGCUUUCCUGGCACAUAGGGAUGGGCUCAAUGUUUAUUGAACAAAGAGAAAGACGAAAACGCCAUCAGCACCAAUGAGAUGCUAAUCACAGCUGCUGGCAAACCCCAUAUAGAAGUUGGCAAGACAGCAUCAAAAGUCAACCAAUUGGACAUGCAACAAAUUGGUUGGAACCCAAGGGCAUUAAGUUGGGUGAAAAAAGGCAAACUCAAAAGGUUACAUACUGGAGGAUCCCAUUUAUAUGACACUGUUGAAAUAGCAUAAUUAUAGAGAUGGAGAACAGAUGAGGGGUUGCCAGUGAUUGGGGGCCGGGGAAUGUGGGAAAGCCUGCAGGAGCCUGUGGUGACAGAGCAGGAAUGCAUCCUGACUGGUAGUGUUUACUUGAAGCUACAUGUGUGAUAGAAUUGCAGAGUGAAACACACACACACGUGCAUGAAUUACUGAUGAAAUCAGAAUAAGUACACAUCAAUUUCAUGGUAUUGAUGUUACACAAAGAUGCUAUUGCUUGGGGAGGAGGGGCAAAGGGUGUAUGGGACCUGCCUGUACAUUUUUUUGCAACUCCUUGUGAAUCUAUAAUUAUUUUGAAAUAUAAAUAAGAAAAGGUCAGCCAGGUAGGGAGACACUCUCCAGACCUCGCCUUCCCUUCUCUCCAUUGUGCUAUAGCAGCCCCGGCUUUGCCCACCCUCCCUAUGCUGCAGUUUUCUGAGCUUAGCUUAGGUGAGAGAACAGGUAACUCAGGGUUUGAGCCACAGAAAGGUGAGAGGACUGGGAGGACAGGUCAAUGGUCUGGAAGGCAGUUUGGGCUGGACUUCAAUGUUCACACUUACUGUGGGAUCCAGGAAAUAAAGAACCUUGUUGAAAGCUG